AUGAAUCCGUCCCAAGCAAUCAAACUCACACAAACCUUCGAAUACUCCAGCGCCACCCACAAUUACCAAAUCUGCUGGACAUCGCUUGGCGACAAAACCUCCCCACCACUAGUAUUCAUCCACGGCACACCCUGGUCCUCACAAGUCUGGCACAUCCACGCUCAUUCACUCGCCCGGUAUUUCCACGUCUACCUCUCCGACAACCCCGGUUUCGGCUGCAGUCCACUAGGCCAACCCCUACCCGGGAAGGAAAGCACCAAAGAAGCACUCGAUGCCGAUCUCUCCGAGCAGUCAGAAGUGUUCGCCGCGCUGUACAGAUUCUGGGCACAGAGUUGGGAAUCUGGGAAAGCACAUAUUAUUGCGCAUGACCAUGGCGGACUGAUGAGCCUGCGGGUGCAUAUAGUUUAUGGUUGUCAGUUUGCGAGUUUGUGCUUGAUCAACGUUGUUGCACUAGGACCGUUUGGACAGCCAUUGUUCAAGUUGGUUGCUGAGAAUGAGGAGGUGUUUCUUGCAUUGACGGGGCCUGUUUUUGAGGGCGUUGUUGAAUCUUAUAUUCGCGAUGCGGCGUAUUCUGAUCUGAAGAGGGAGAUCAUGGAUAUGUUGAAGGGUCCGUGGCUUUCUGAGGCCGGGAGGCGGGGUUUCGUGAGGCAGAUGGUGCAGGCUAAUAGUCGUAGCACUGAAGAUGUUGAGGGUAGGUACUCGGAAGUGGGCAAGGCUAUGCCUGUUCGGAUUAUCUGGGGGAAAGAGGAUCAGUGGAUUCCGGUUGAGACUGCGUUUCGACUGGGAGAAAAGCUGAAUGCCGAUGUGGUGUUGAUUGAUGGAGCUGGCCACCUGGUGAUGUAUGAUCAGGAAGGACAACUCGGUGUGGAACUAGGAUGGUGGUUGAGUAAGGUGGGAUGUUAG